GAAAUAAGUAGCCAACAAGAAUACUUGAAGCUUAAAGCACGUUACGAAGCAUUACAGCGAUCACAGAGAAAUCUUCUUGGUGAAGAUCUUGGCCCUUUGAAUAGCAAGGAACUUGAAUCACUUGAGAGGCAGCUUGAUAUGUCACUGAAACAGAUUCGAUCAACUCGGACUCAGUUAAUGUUGGAUCAACUUACAGAUCUUCAGAGAAAGGAACAUGCAUUAAACGAAGCAAACAGAACCUUGAAACAAAGGUUGAUGGAAGGAAGCCAACUAAAUCUGCAGUGGCAACAAAAUGCACAAGAUAUGGGCUACGGCCGGCAAACAACUCAAACUCAGGGCGAUGGCUUUUUUCAUCCUUUGGAAUGUGAACCCACUUUGCAAAUUGGGUAUCAGAAUGAUCCAAUAACAGUAGGAGGAGCAGGGCCCAGUGUGAAUAACUACAUGGCUGGCUGGUUGCCUUGAAAUUAAGCUCAUUUCCGAUAAGAUUGAUUAUAUAAACAUAUGCUCAAUGUUUUUCCUAUCAUAAACACUCUCCUAAUUUGUGUUAUAUGUUGUUUGCCGAAUUCUGGACUAAUUUGGGAUCCAUAAGACAGACCCGUUAUUGUUACUUAAUCAUAAACUAGAUUUCCCUGAGUGCUUAAUCACUAAAGAUUAUUACUUUCCUC